GUCAAAACCGGCCAGCAAGUGCACCAGGAAUGAGCUGAGCUACCUGGAAACUGCCCUCAGGCAGUUGAUCUGUCAAUGGAGGGAGUGGAGCUUGCUCGCUCUACACGCUGCUUCACGCCUGAGGAUAUCAAUGGAAAAGCCCCAGGCACAGAUGAGUGGCAGCCCUUGGCUGACCAGAAACACAGCUCUCAGAAUGGACAGAAGGAGGCCGUGGUACUGACCUGCUCAUUGUGCCGACAGGACCUGCGACAAGUGGGCUCUCGACUUCUACCCUGCCAGCAUUUGCUCUGUAAGGACUGUUUCCAGGGCCUGAUCCAGGAACUGAGGCACGUAGCCACAGCUCAUGGGUCUGUCCCAGGUGAGCUCAUCUCCUGUCCAGGGUGUAAGCGCGUGUACCUUACCAGGGAUGUAACUGAGCAUUUUUUCCUGCAGUGCUUUCCUACCAGGCAACCCAAGAUGGCCAGGAACUGCUCCGAGUGCAAGGAGAAGAGGGCAGCACAUAUCCUGUGCACUUACUGCAAUCGCUGGCUGUGCAGUUCCUGCACUGAGGAGCACCAGCACAGCCCUGGACCUGGGGGCCCACUCUUUCCCCGGACCCAGAAAGGAUCACCAGGAGUGAAUGGUGGUUCUGGGGACUUCGCUUUGUACUGUCCUCUACACACACAGGAAGUACUCAAGCUGUUCUGCGAGACCUGUGACGUGCUCACCUGCCAUAGCUGUCUAAUGGUGGAACACAAAGAACACAGGUGCAGACAUGUUGAAGAAGUAUUGCAAAACCAGAGGAUGCUUCUGGAAAGUGUGACUACGCAGGUGGCACAUAAGAAAUCCAGUCUACAGACAUCUGCAAAGCAAAUCGAGGACAGGAUUUUUGAAGUGAAGCAUCAGCACAGGAAGGUGGAAAACCAGAUCAAAAUGGCUAAGAUGGUUCUGAUGAAUGAGCUGAACAAACAGGCCAAUGGACUCAUAGAGGAACUGGAGGGCAUUACUAAUGAGAGAAAGCGGAAACUGGAACAGCAGUUACAGAGCAUCAUGGUUCUCAACCGUCAGUUUGAGCAUGUGCAGAAUUUUAUCAAUUGGGCUGUCUGCAGCAAAACAAGUAUCCCUUUCCUUUUCAGCAAGGAACUGAUUGUGUUUCAGAUGCAGCGAUUACUGGAGACUAGCUGUAACACAGAUCCUGGCUCCCCUUGGAGUAUCAAAUUCACCUGGGAGCCUAACUUCUGGACCAAGCAACUGGCUUCCCUUGGUUGCAUAACUACUGAAGGCGGACAGCAAUCCCGGGCAGAUACUCUUGCUUAUGGAGGCUCACAGGGGACAUCAUCCUUUUAUCAAAGCCACCAGUCCCCUGUGGCUCAGCAGGAGGCUCUAAACCAUCCCCCACACAAGUUCCAGGCUCCGGCACUGUGUUCCUCAUCUGUGUGCUGCUCCCACUGCACCCCAGUCUCACCUUCCCUUAAAGGCCAGGUGCCCCCACCCAGCAUACAUGCAGCCCAUGGCUUUAGGCAACCCUCUGAGAUGGUGUCCCAACAGCUGGGGUCAAUGCAGUGUCCCACCCUGCAACCCAGGGAGAAAGAACUGGCCUGCAGUCCACACCCACCAAAGCUGCUCCAGCCCUGGCUGGAAACCCAGCCUCCUGUGGAGCAGGAGAGCACGUCCCAGCGGCUGGGGCAGCCGCUGACUUCCCAGCCCGUGUGCAUCGUCCCUCCGCAGGAUGUCCAGCAAGGAGCCCACGCCCAGCCCACCUUACAGACACCCUCUAUCCAAGUCCAGUUUGGCCACCACCAGAAGCUGAAGCUCAGUCACUUUCAGCAGCAACCACAGCAGCAGCUGCCACCCCCACCACCUCCAGCCCCGCAGCAGCCACCCCCACCUCUGCCUCCAUCCCAGCACGCGGUGUCUAGUCAGCAUGAGAGCCCCCCUGGACCUGCCUGCUCCCAGAAUGUGGACAUAAUGCACCACAAGUUUGAGCUGGAGGAAAUGCAGAAGGACUUGGAGCUUCUCCUUCAGGCUCAGCAGCCCAGCCUGCAACUGAGUCAGACCAAGUCUCCUCAGCAUCUUCAGCAAACCAUUGUGGGGCAGAUCAACUACAUCGUGAGGCAGCCGGCUCCCGUCCAGUCCCAGAGCCAGGAGGACACUCUUCAGGCUACAGAUGAGUCCCCUGCAUCUGAGGGCCCAAAGCCAGCUCUCCCUGUUGACAAGAAUACUUCUUCUACUACCUUGCCCCAGACAUCUGGGGAAGAAAUUCCUCACAUUGUCCCCCCAGUGGAUAGCACCGUCCAGCACUCCUCUCCAAAUGUGGUGAGAAAGCACUCCACCUCGGUGAGCAUCAUGGGCUUUUCCAACACUCUGGAGAUGGAGGUGUCAUCUACCAGGCUGGCCAGGACCCUAGAGCCACAGAUCAAGAGCGUGAGCAACCUUACCACUGGACCUCCCCAGGCAGCACCAAGCCUGCUGAGUGGCACCCCCCAUACUGUGUCCAGCCUGACGAAUGUUCAGAACCACGCCGUGCCCAGCCUGACAGCCAGUCACCUACAGACUGUGCCCAACCUUGUGCGUGGCACUUUCCAGUCCAUGCCCAACCUGAUGAGUGAGUCCCCCCAGGCUGUCACAAGCCUAGCAAGUGAUCACUCUCAGGCUGGGUCCAGCCUAACGUCUGGUCAUACCCAGGCUGUGCCAAGUCUGAUCAGUUGUCCUCUGCAGAGCAUGCCUCCGAUUUCUGAAAUGCAGCCAGAAACUGGGUCCAGCUCCAGCUCCAGUCCUGGCUCUGGCCGAACCACAGGGAGCCUGUGCCCUGGGGAUGGAGCUGACCGCUCCCUGGUGAAUGCCCUGUGUAAGAUGGAGAGUGAGGAUUCUACCCGCUUCACUGACUUAGUGGGACAAGGCCCCACAGUUCCUGGUCUGGCUACUUCCAAGGACUUGGCUGUCCCAGCAGAACUGGAAGAGCCAAUUAACCUCUCUGUGAAAAAACCUCCUGUGACACCAGCAGUCAACACAUCCACGGCUCUGCAGCAGUACCGGAAUCCAAAAGAGUUUGAGAAUUUUGAACAACGAGCCUUUGAGCUGGAUCCAAAAGAGAACCGCAGCAUCAGAGCCUUCCAUUGUGAGCCCAAGAUUCCCUAUGUGCGGCUGGAGCGACUCAAGAUUUGUGCUGCCUCCUCAGGAGAGAUGCCUGUGUUCAAGCUGAAGCCACAGAAGAGUGAUCAGGAUGGGAGCUUCCUGCUGGUCAUUGAGUGUGGCACGGAGUCCUCCAGCAUGUCUAUUAAGGUCAGCCAGGACAGCCUACCUAAUGCUAUCCAAGCCCCAGGUCUGGGAGGCAGAAAGGUCACUGUCACUUCUCUGGCUGGGCAGCGGCCGCCAGAGGUGGAGGACACAUCUCCUGAAGAACACAGACUCAUUCCUCGAACCUCUGGAGCCAAGAAGGGGCCCCCAGCCCCAAUAGAAAAUGAAGACUUCUGUGCUGUGUGCCUCAAUGGCGGAGAGUUGCUGUGCUGUGACCGCUGCCCCAAAGUGUACCACCUCUCCUGCCACGUGCCAGCCUUGCUCAGCUUCCCAGGGGGAGAGUGGGUUUGUACCUUGUGCCGCAGCCUGAGCCAGCCAGAGAUGGAGUACGACUGUGAGAAUGCCCGCUAUAACCAGCCUGGAGUGCGGGCACCUCCUGGCCUGAGCAUAUAUGACCAGAAGAAGUGUGAGAAGCUGGUCCUGUCCUUGUGCUGCAACAGCCUCAGCCUGCCCUUCCACGAGCCAGUCAGCCCCCUGGCCCGGCAUUACUACCAGAUUAUCAAGAGGCCCAUGGACCUGUCAAUCAUCCGGAGGAAGCUGCAAAAGAAGGACCCCGCUCACUACACCACCCCAGAGGAGGUGGUGUCAGACGUGCGCCUCAUGUUCUGGAACUGUGCUAAGUUCAAUUAUCCUGACUCCGAGGUGGCCGAGGCCGGCCGCUGCCUGGAAGUGUUCUUUGAAGGCUGGCUGAAGGAAAUCUACCCAGACAAACGGUUUGCCCAGCCACGGCAGGAGGACUCCGACUCCGAGGAGGUGUCGAGUGAGAGCGGUUGCUCUACUCCCCAGGGCUUUGCAUGGCCCCCCUACAUGCAGGAGGGCAUCCAGCCCAAGAGGCGACGGCGACACAUGGAGAAUGAAAAAGCAAAGAAAAUGUCUUUCCGCCUGACCAACAGCAUCUCCCAGGUGUGAGGAAGAAGCCUGAGCAUUGGCAGCUGGUACCCCGUCCUGUUGACCACUCCUCCCCAUCCUUCAGCUUACUCUCUUCGGAAUGUGGAUGUGAGAUGAGUUUUGUCGAGCUGUGUAGUGCUCUUCUUUUCCAUUUGCAUCUACAGCAUUUAUUUGGGAGCCAUAGUGCAUCCACUACAGAGAAGAAUUCAGUAAUAAACAGGACAGAGGGAGGUGUUCCUUAUCACCAGAGUAAUUGGAUGUAGAGGAUCCAGUUGACAAGACCAUGCCUGGUCAGACCCAGGUGAAUUCCUUGGUGAAUUCUUUGUCCUGAGGAAAGCAGACCCUUCUCACCUUCCUGUGUCUAAGGCUCAGGAACAAUGUAAAUAUUGGAGCUCUUCCCGGGCUCAGAAUAGGGUAAAAGAAGGGAGAGAGGUUUGGACAUGCAACAGACCCGUGAUCCCUGGCCCAGCCCAGCCAAAGACUGUCACUGUUUGCCUUUGCUUGUCCUGUCAGGAUGGAGGCACCUGCUGCAGGCAGAAUAAUGGAGGCUUCUAGAGGCCAUAGGUCUCAACUGGUGCCUAUUUGGAUUCUAACGGUUUUCAGGGUAUUUGUUCUUUACGGUGACUUAGGUGGUAUCUGUGAAAGUGCUCUGGAUGGUCUGACAUUCUAGACCUAGCUGGGUCACUUACAGCUUCUAGCUCGGAUUUCACUUGCAGGCUUAGAAGGUGGCAGCAUCAGAAUCUGCCCUCCGGGCCCCCGGUCUGGGCUAAUUGUACUUCUUUGGCACAGAACCUGCCUUCCUGGAAGUGAUCGCCAGUGGCCACCUCUUCAUCCUCUCCAUUCAGAGGUCUGGAUCCUGAAUUUUGUUUGGGAGAACUGUGAAGUAGCUAUUGUCUGCUUUAGGCACAGAGAUCCCUGGGCAAGGAGAGUUUCCCACAACCAGCUCACCUUGCUGGGCCUCUCCUCCCACUUAGAGGUUCUAAUUCUCAACCUCUGCAUGGUCACUGAGCCAAAGAUCAUAAGUAUGUCCUCUGACUAGCCUACUUCUGGCUGUCCCCAGCCCAGGAAAAACCAGCGUUCCCCAGCAGCCCUUUUUGGUUGGAGAUUAGAGAAGGCCCAGAGACCCAUAGGAGCCAAAAGGAGUUGUUUCUGCAUAAAAUUAUAGCUAAGGUGGAGGAGGAGGAAAAUUGAGAGACAAGAUGCCAGUGUCCUUUGGUGAUUCUGAAGCAGGACCUUAGUUCUCCUGGAAUGCAGAGGGGGGUGUUCUGGAAGCCAUGGAAACAGGAGCUCCAGGCUGCAUCACUAGUGAACUUUAUGGUCCAGGCAGGAUGUUAGUGAGGUUGUGGAAUGGACAGAUACUGGGGGUCAGGCCUCUUCCCAAGCAAGGGCUUGGUUGAGAAGAAACCCAUUGCUGAUACUGUGUGGGCCUGGCAUUUCAGUGGCAUGGGCUUGAGAUAGCUUUGUCUGGUCCUGUUAUGCCCUAGCUAAUUUCAGGGGGGUCUCAGAUCAUGGCUUUAUUUAUUUAUUUUCUUUUGACAGGCAGAGUGGACAGUGAGAGAGAGAGAGACAGAGAGAAAGGUCUUCCUUUUUGCCGUUGGUUCACCCUCCAGUGGCCGCCGCAGUAGCGCGCUGCGGCCGGCGCACCGCGCUGAUCCGAUGACAGGAGCCAGGUGCUUCCCCCUGGUCUCCCAUGGGGUGCAGGGCCCAAGCACCUGGGCCAUCCUCCACUGCACUCCCUGGCCACAGCAGAGAGCUGGCCUGGAAGAGGAGCAACCGGGACAGGAUCGGUGCCCCGACCGGGACUAGAACCCGGUGUGCCGGCGCCGCAAGGCGGAGGAUUAGCCUAUUGAGCCGCGGUGCCGGCCAUCAUGGCUUUAUUUUUGUGAAGAAAUGCAGUAUAAGGAAAUUUUUGUUUGUAGGGCUUUGUUAAUGAAUGAUUUUUUAAAAAGAUUAUUAUUUUUUUUUUUAAAUCAGAAUUAUAGAAAGAGAGGGAGAGGGAGAGAGGGAGAGAAGGAGGGAGAGAGAGAGAGAGAAACUAUUUUUCAUAUGCUGGUUCAUUCCCCAGAUGGCCGUAAUGGCCAGGGCUGGCCAGGCUGAAGUCAGGAACCAGAAGCUUCUUCCAAGUCUUCCAUGUGGGUGUCAGGGGCCCAAACACUUGGGCCAUCUUUCACUGCUUUCCCCAGGCCAUUAAUAGGGAGCUGGAUCAGAAGUGGAGCAGCCAGAACAGCGCCCAUAUGGGAUGCCGGCGCUGUAGACAGCAGCUUUACUCACUACACCACAAUGCCAGCCCGGAAUAAUGUUGUUUUAAUCAGAACAUAUUUCUUCUCUCCUGGUGAGUUGACGGUACUGCUCAUUUCCUUCUCUGCCUAGUCUGAGAGUUUAUCCUCAUUUCAAAGCAAACUGUGUUCAUCAAACUGUUCUUUCAGCAGCUUACGCUGAGCUCUCCUAAGCAGAUGAGCUUCCGUGACCCUGUUAACUAGUUUGGGGUAAAUAAGUCUUCAACAAACUACUGGUCAGGCAAGCUUUGGAUCUAAGUCUGUUCUUUGGAGUACACUGACUUUCUGGUUUUGGCUCUGGCCAUUUCUCUUUCAAUUUCUCAUUUGUUCUCUGGUUGGCUUGGCAGGGCUUCCUCUGUUCUUACCUCACUAAUGCCUACCCAGGUCAUCUUUCCUUGUGUGGCCCACAUUCCCACCAUUCCUCAAGGAGCUUCCUGAUGCUCGGUUUUGGGCAGCCAGUGAGGUGGUGAUAGGCUCACACCUGGUGGAGAUCCUUCCCCAGGAUCAACUGGAGGCCACAAGUGUGAAGUAGAAAUGCCUGGUUAAAAGCUUGGCUCCCCAUCUGGUAAUGAAGCUCCCAGUUUGGGUUGUUGCUUGCUGGAUCCAAGGAUGCUGGCCCAGGGGAUGUUAACAGUGUGGUGGAGUCACAUAGUCCUUCCCCCUCAUAGAGACCUUGCAUGCUGAAGAGGCUCCUUUUAGGCUCCUGAUGGGGGUGGGGGGUUGGCAAGGUGUCCUUUUCCCCAAAGUACAGGGCCUUAGCCCACCACACUGCCCCACCCCUGGUUAUCCCUGCCCUUUCCAUGCCUUUUCCUCUAUACCUGGCACCAAUGUUGCAGAUCAUGGUUUUGUUUUCUUUUUGCAUGCAGAAAACAAAACAUGACUUGGUAGAAAUUAAAAAUCCUGCUAGCCAAGUGAUGGUCUUUAGUGGCUCUUUGCUAGCACUUGAGCUGAUCCUGCUUUUGACUUGUUCUCAAUAUGUUCCCAUCUUGAAUCAGUCAAGUCCUAUGGUCUUUGACAAAGUCAUGCAAUAACAAUACAGUAAAUUCUGGAUUCUUAUAGUAUAGCAUGAAGUCCUAGAAGAGAAAUUUGUUUCUUGGGUUUGCUGAGAAACAGACCAGUAGAGUGGCUUCAGUUGAUGCAAAGGAGAUUUUAGUGUGAAAAUCUAUGCAGGGAGAACAUGCGGAGCAGUGUUCUGCAGAACGUGGCUAGGUCAGCCCUGUCUGACUUCUAGCAAUUGCUGACCACACACCCUGCCUGCCUCUGGUUGCCUCUCCCUCCAUAGGUUGUACUCCACAGCAUGUCCUGCCACCAACCCUGGUGGGCAUUUCUGGUGACAGGUCUUUGCCUGGCUCUGAAGACCUAGGCCCUUCCUAGUUUGUACCCUCACUCUGCUCUUGCUCCUUCUCUCACUCCAUGGGGUCAUGUCCAGUCUUCUCUUCUGAGCUCCUAAACUGAGCCUUUGUUCCUGGGUCAACACCUGCUCUUCCUCCUCUUCUGCUCUCUCGCUCACUGCUGCUGCAAUUGCCCUGCUCCUUUAUUCCGUUUCCAUGACCUCAGCCCUGCCUCCCUUCGCUGGUCUUUCAAACUUCUCCUGGACUUCUCUCCCCAGCACGAACCCAAGGCCCAUCACACGCUGAUAUUUUUAUUGGCAUCCAGAACCAUCUCAUCUGCUUUGGCUGCCUUCUCCACAUCACCCUACUUCCUGCUUCCUGCUCUGGCUGCUGAGCAUGACAGAUUCAUGGCUGGCAGCCUCAUUUGGGUACUCAGUAUUGACUGGAAAUUCUUUAACUUGUUGGUCUUCUUUUCUAUCCAUGCACCUCAUCUUUGCUCUCAGCAAGUGACUGACCUCUUUGCUUCGCAGAAGACAGCCCCUAAAGCUUGCAUUUCAUUGCCCCCUGCUUCUCUUUCCUUACAUUUGUCCAUGUCCCUCCUCACCUCCUUUACUCUUGUUCCUAUGUAGUUCCAUGUUUCUUGAAUCCUGUUAUAUGUCCUCCAAGACUUUGCUCCCUCUUUUGUUCCACUCCUCCCGCUUCCUGGGGUGUCAGCCUCUGUGUUGGUUACCUCUACAGAGCCUGCAAACAAGCACUUAUCCCAAUGAUAAUUAAUAAAAAAGAAACUCAAUAGAGUCUGUUGCUCCCUAUACUAUUUCUUUGUCAGCCAAGUUCCUUUAUAAAAGAAAUCUUUUUCAUUGAUUCUUCUUGGUUACUCUUUAGCCUACAGGGUCUUUCAUAAAAGUCAUCAGCGACAUCCAGUUGCCAAAUCAAAUGAAUACCUUUCAGUCCCUAGCUGUCUUGAACUCUGCAUAGCAUUUCACGCCAUCUUCCACUCCCUCCAUGAAACACCUUCUCCACUUGGCUUUUGUGACGCAAGUCUCUGGGUCCUCUUACUUCUUGGUUACACAGGCUGAGCCUUCCUUGCAGCCUAGACACGAGCACAUGGCUGUGCUGUCUGGUAUCUCCUCCUCAGGAGUUGGGGAGGCAGGAAGAAUCGCUGCCUCCCGCUCUCCCAGUUCAUUUUCUUUGAGUCCUUUCCUUUUCUUGGACUCAGUUGUCCUCAUGCCAAACAUGUUUAUGAGCUCCUGCAGGGAAGACAGCAUCUGUGAGCCCUUCCCUGCCUUCCCCAGUACAGCCCAGAGACAGGUUUUAGCCAUCUUUGCCAGGAGGUCUCAUGUAAAUCAGCCCAAGUAUGGCUUCAGUCUUAAAACAUCCAGGCUGCAAUCUGGUCAACUGGAUUAUCAGACUUGUGGGCCAUGAAUCGCCAUGAUCCCACACCAGCUAGGAUCUGCCACAGUGGUUAGGAGCCUGGGUGGUGGUGAAACAUGUUGCACGCGUGUCUCAGUGUUGUUGACCAGGAGGGGACUCCUGGCUUAGUGGGUGUCUGCCACUGAUCCCAUUCUGAUGCAGGGAGACUGGGAAGUGCUUGGGUCCAGCUGGCGUCAGCAUAACUCCCUGUAGUUGAGUCUUUCUCACCUGUGCUGAUCAUUACCACCUGCUUGCUCCAGUCGAAAGCAGAUGCUGGUUGCUUUCUUAGAGGUAAGGAGGUGUAACAGAGGCACUUGAUUUGAGAGUCUGAACACUUGAUCACGAGCUGUGUGACCCUUGGGUACAGUUUCCCCAUCUCUAAAACUGGAGUUGGGUGGCUGAGAACAGUGAUAUCUCAAAGGUUCUCCAGCUUAAAAGAUGAUUAUUGAGCUUUUAGCUCCAGAGCUCAGGCCUCACAAAGAACCCGUGAACUCUAGGGAUGGAAUAUAACUAGGGGAGGCUUGACCAGGGCAGAGAAAAGGAACCACGGGCCAACCUGAUCUGCUUCAAGGAAAGUCCUCAUCGGAUCAUUCGGCUUCUUAAGCCAUAUGCCCAUCCCUCAAGCUGUACUCAUUUUUGGGAUAUCUAGGAUGAGUUUCUCCUAGGCCUUCUCUGGAAGCAGCCAUUGGAUCCAAAGUGGUUAGGGACAAGAGGGAGGAAUACUGUAAGGGGAAGUGUCACUGAUUUUGAAAGGACCUACACAUUCAAGAACAAAUAAA